AUCGCGAGAAAAAAGCGAAAACACAACAGAUUGCUUUCGGGUUCUUGUUUGUUUGUCGCGUUAAUUGCCGAUAAAAGUGGCAAAUUUAUUGUUAAAUUAUCAAAUAUUGAGCGUACGGAACCGGUGCCGGUGUAGUUUUCCAGCGGGGGAUCGGUAUCCCACUUCCGACGAAACGCGUACUUCCGGUGAACGCGAGCGGUGCAAAGUAGGUUCCCGGUGCGGCGGCUUGCUCCAAACCGGGACUGAAUUUUGUUUGUUUCUUUUCGCGAGUGGCGGUUCGGGUUCAAUGUUCGGAAAUUGGCCAAAGCUAGCAGCAGCAGAAACUUGUUCCAAAUCAACGUCGAGAAUUCGGAAACCGCUUUCAUUAGACGGAAGAUGAAUCCAGUUAGCUUGUACAUCACAACAUCCCGGCUGGUGUUCCAGAGCGAAGGAGGAGGUGUCGGAAGUUUCAUUGGGAAUGAUUCCGGUCCCGGUGGAAGCGCUAAUGGAGGUGGUCCAGGAACCGGACCAGGUACAGGUGGUUCCCAAGGAAGCAGCAACAAUAGCAACAGUGCCUUCGCCGAUCUCAACCGGUUGCUGCCCUAUUUGAGGAAGAGUUUGAGCUGUGCCGUGUGCUGCCGGCUGCUACUGGAACCGCACACUCCAGCGGAACUGAACUGCCAGCACCACGUGUGCCGGGGCUGCGUCGGGGAACGGAAGAAGCUGAAACCCUCCUGUGCCUCCUGCAAGGAUUACAAUCGCUACGUUGAAAACACCCAGCUAAGGAUGCUGCUACAAUGCUACAAAAGCAUCUGCGAGUACAUCAAAACGAAACCAUUCUUUGUGGAGAUCCGCAAACAAGCGGGCCUUUCGACCCCGACGGCAACGUCCGUUAAUGGAAUGUCCUCCGGAUCCACAAACCUUCACCAUCAGCAUCAGCAACAGACGCCCUCGGUUCCCCCAAAUAACCUCUGGGAACUAAUCGAGGAGGGGUCCCGGUUUCAGGACAACUAUCGCUGCAGCUCCGGACUGACCAAAUCGGCCUACUCAAUACUGCCCUGCAUCUAUCCGGUACCCUCGGUUCCGAUUAGCAACAGUUGUAGUAACAGCAGCAGCAGUGGAUCUUCGGCCGUUUUGUCCUCUUCAAUGACUUCCGCUGGCCAUCACGGAUCAAGCCAGCAGCAAAUCCCGAUCGGCACCGGCGGCCAGCUUCUUCCCACAUCCAAAGUGAUAGCUGAAAAGCAGCAACAGUCCCAAAUAAUGGUCCACUCGGGUCAGGCAACGUCACAUCUCCAUCAGCACCAUCAACAACAACAGCAGCAUCAUCAGCAACACCAUCACCUGCAACAGCAACAGCAGCAACAUCAAAACCAACAUCAAAACCAACAUCAACCAACGCAGAAAGAAAUCAAAUUCCGCUCGGCACCGAUCAAAACCGUCUCCAACGGAACGACCAUGUACUCGGUCCUAUACGCCGGGAACGGUAACAAAAUCACCAUCAAACGUAAAACGGAUCCUCCUCAUGUGCAACGACGAGCCACGAUCCACUCGCUGGAUCCGAAAACCCUCCAAGAUGGGUCUUCCUCCGGUUCGACAGUUGCCAAUAGUAGUAGCGCCGGCACCAACCUCACCGGUUCCGGUUCUUCAACAGUGGUGUCCGGUUUCAAAAUGCCUCAAACGACGACCGUUAAAAUUGCCACCGUUGGAACUUCCUUAGCGGGGUCUACGAUGGCAACCGGUCAGGGUCCCGGUUCGGCGCUGGUUGCAACGGGGAAACAGUCCGCCAAACAGCUGCUCAAGCGUCGUGGCUGUCGGUGUGGAAAUGCGACGGCUACACCCGGGAAGUUGACCUGCUGUGGCCAGAGGUGUCCCUGCUAUGUGGACUCUAAAUCGUGCAUCGAUUGCAAGUGUCGUGGCUGCCGGAAUCCACAUCGUGCGGAUGGUAUGAAGGUUCGCCCCCACAUUCCAGAACUGCAGAACCUGGAGAUCAACCUACCGAAUCCGGCAAACGAGGAAUCUUUGAACACGGCCACAACGACCAUCCAUCUUGGAUCCGGCUCAUCGACAUCGGCAACCGCAGGAGGAUCAUCGGUCAGUGGGACCAGCAGCAGCGUCGCCGGAUCGGCCGGUUCAGGCGGAGGAACCUCGGUUGCUUCCGGCAUGAACAUACUCCAACAACCUGCCGCUGGACUUUCAAGCCUGGGACAACCAAACAGUUCCGGGCUGACGAUAAGUACCGGAGCCGGCGGAACGACUAUGGUGAGCUCCGGCGGAACAACGAAAGCCUUGCUUGGGUCUCAGAUAAGCUACGGAGGUGCCCCGGGCUCGACCCUCAAGAUAACUCCCACUUCGCUAGCCAACGUUCUGAACAACUCGGCCAGUCAGCUAAUGUCAACUGGGGACGGGAUUGAAUUGGCUACUAAUGCUCCAGGGUUGCUCGAUGCCAGUGGGUUCAGCUACCUGACGCCGGCUAACCUGGAAGCUGCGGCCGCAGCUGCCUCGACCGGCGGAGGAAUAUCGUCAACGACGAGUAUCCCUGCGGGUACCGCAACAACCCAGUACACUACUGUCUCUGGAACGAGCAUGGCCAAUGGGACCAUUCAUGUGGUCGGUGUUUACGCGACGCACCUGGGAGACAUAACCUGUAGUCCGACGCUGUCCAACAUGAUCCGGACCGAUAGCGGGCUAAGCAGUCUGCUCACCCACAAACCUCCGGACGCACUGCUGACGCAAUCUUCCCUCAACACCCUGAAUCUGUCGGCCCCUUCGAGUCUGCUAGGGCACUCGUUGUUCAACCCGAGCACGACCAUGACCGGAGGAUCGAUGAUUCCGGCCGGAGCAAUUCUUGGUGGUGGAAGCACCCCUUCUGCCGUCGUCGGUGGUUCCGGGGAGCUGAGCAUGGGUGAUCCCGGGGCCGGGAUCGAUAUCAGCGAUCAGCUCGAUCUGAGCGGCACCAAUCUGAUCACCAUCGACGGAGCCAGCAUCGAUGGGGACGACGUGUAGACAAGACAAGAUGAACCGGUCCCGUACUCUAUUUGUAAGUUAUGCAACCGCAAUUUAAUCAACUCACCACCAUCUCUUCCAACGUUGUCGUCGUUCUUCGCUGAUCCCUGUAGAUCGUAAAAAUUCAACUGCAAUCACUUCGAAACAAGUUUAGUUCUAACUGCCGGUGAUCAUUUUAUUGGUCGCUUAUUCUACCCAAAUGGAACCAAAUCCCCCAGUUUGUGUUUGGGGAUACUCUCCUUCUGUUUUUCCUUAGCACGCUAGGUUUCAACGAGCUAUUUUGUCGAUAUUUAGUUUUAAACUAUUAGUAGAUUACUUACUGAUAAUCAUAAUUGGUCGUAGAUUCAUGUAUACUACUCUUUUAUGAUCAUAAUCUGUACAAAAUUUACAGUAAAAUUACAAGGGUAUUGAGCUUCGUUGGGGCAAAAAGGGGACCACUGACCCUAGAUUUGGUUUCGUCAAAUGUACAAAUGAUUCCAGUCACCUAGAGAUCAACUUGUCUACUCACAAACACUGAUUUUACUAUCCAUGGAACACUUAUAGAAAAGUGAUCACCGAAAUAAAAUAUUCUCAGAGAGUAAAAACGAACAACGCUUAAACCGGUCUACUUAAAACUUCCAUUGAGGUCAGUGUGGUCCAAACCAAAUUAGAAGAAAAAGUCACCCACCGGAUAAGGUGGGGUCCCUAGAAAUUAAAUCAGUUCAGUACCCAGUAUCAUCCCACUUCCAAUCGCCCCAAAUUUGCCGAUUCAAAAUGAAUCAAUGAAUGCUGCAUUUUAAACGCGAUUUGUCACCGGGAAAAAAUCGAAUGUAAAUAAAUAGUUUUUGCUCCCAAUCGUUCGUUUGUUCGUUCGUGUAGAUAAGAUGUCAUUUGUUGUUCGGGGGAAAACGGAAUUCGGAAAACCAUGUACACAAUUUAUAAGACGAAAACGCAUCUAAGGAUUUUACAGUUUGUUGAAAGUCGUCGGGAUAUCAACGUGUUGGUUGAGGGUUUUUUUGGCUUUUGUUAGCUGAACGAAAUAACGUGUUUUAGGCAAAUGUGGAAAACGUUGAGUGUAUUUUCUGAAAAAAAAAUAAACAGAGGAAAAAACCUGUUUUGAAACAACCCUUAACCACUAACAAAUAUAUUAGUACAUAGCAACGAUGGAGGUCAAAUUACAUACAUAUGCUUUUAUACUUUCCUCUGGUAUAUUGGUAGUCGUACUCCCCUUGGAUGGAAUACUACAAAAGUGUCCCGCGCGCGUGUUGCUGAAUGUUCAAAACAAUUAGUAUCACACACACCCCGUUUCUUUGAAAACAUAAAAUAAUUAUCCUUUUCUUGACAGAAGAAAAGUUCGCUUUGAGAAAGGGAGGGAUUUACAUACUUAUAGGUUUAUUGAACAUAUUACUAGCAAACUAUAUUUUAAUGUGAAACACACAUAACAGUGACGAACAACUUUGAUGAAAUAAAUCAGUAUGAAAACA